AUGGAAUACCCACGCCCACCCCAACAAGAGUCGUGGUUCGCGCCCCUCUCAAUCGACCUCAUCGUGAAGGUCUUCAAGAUCACCUUCUUCCACCCCUUCGUCUCCUGGAUUAUCCCUCUGUGCUUCCGCGCGCAAGCUCUUCCCUACGAUGCCCCGCAAAUGAUCGCCUCCAUCGCUUGGGCGACCUUCAUUACCCUCUGUUGGAUGGCGGGCAUCAUUAACCAGCGCGUCGCUUACGGCCUCCCCCGCGAGGUCGACCUCUCCGAAGAAGUCAUUGUCAUCACCGGCGGCGCCAGUGGUCUGGGUCUGCUGAUUGCCGAGGUCUACGGCAUGCGCGGCGCCACCGUCGCUGUGCUCGAUGUCAACGAGAUGGAGAACGGCGAGGCGCGGGGCGUGACGUUCUACAAGUGCGAUGUCACUGACAAGAACGAGGUCGCGAGGGUAGCGGGAGAGAUCGAACGCGAGCUCGGCACACCAACCGUUCUGAUCAACAACGCAGCAAUCGUCAAGGGCAAGCCCCUCCUCGAGCUCGAGAUCUCCGACAUUGAGCGCUCCAUCACCACGAACUUGACCUCCCACUUCAUUACGCUCAAGACCUUCCUCCCGCAGAUCAUUCGCGGCGGCCAGGGCGGCACAAUCGUCACAAUGUCCUCGGUCCUCGGACACCUCGGUGCUGCCUCCCUCACAGACUACGCCGCGGCCAAAGCUGGUGUUACCGCCCUCCACAAGUCCCUGACCGCCGAGCUUGCCGCCUCCCACCCCGAGAUCCGCACCAUCCUCGUUGAGCCCGGCCAGCUCUCGACCCCGCUCUUCUACGGUGUUCAGACCCCCCACGCUUUCGUCGCUCCCGUUGUCGAGCCCGUGGACGUGUGCAAAGAGGUCGUUGCGGCCAUCGACGCGGGCCGCAGUGCGCACGUGGCGAUGCCGCUCUACGCCAGGUGGAUUCACUGGUACAAUGUGCUCCCCGCGUCUGUUCAGCAGGUUGCGAGGAGGGUCGCCGGUGUAGAUACCUCGAUGAAGACUUUCAUCGGAAGGCAGGAGAGGGGCAUGAGUGAGAAGAAUGGAAGAUUGAUUUAA